AUGGGGGCCAUUAAGCGUACAAGUAAGACGUUGAUUAUAACCGGGAUAGGAUGCAUCCUCCUAGUCUCUAGUGCAUGGUAUCUCUUAUAUAUAAUGCGUUGGAGAGGAGUGAAGCUCUCAUCUCCUAUUAGCAUGCUUGGGUUUCCACACGAAUCCACUGAUAAUCAACAAGGGUCAAUAGAGGAAGACGGGGAGGAAUCCUCGGACAUAGUUACGGAGGACGACAUGCGGUUCUACUAUCUACAGGGCUUGGCUAGACCGGAAGUGGCCAGCUCUUUCUUAGCUACAGCGAAGGACAUAACAAUAUAUCCCGGUACGAGCAUUGAUCAUGCCUAUAUUAAAGACACCUUCAUACCUAAUAUGGUGCACAAGCCUUACAAAGGAUAUAACGAUACAAAAAGCCUGUACAUCUAUUCGAUCUUUAUAUGGCUGACCGAGAAUGGAAAAGAGGGCCCAGAACCCCACUUAAUAUUCCCACCAGGGGAAAGUUAUGACAUAUUGUGGUUAAGGCUUAUCAAUGAUUUUAGUUGCCAGUAUGCAUGGCUUUGUCAUUGCCUGUCCAUUCCGAAA